UUACAGUUUAAAAUGUCGCUGAAUUUAUAUAUAGUUAAGCAAUUUUUCUCUUUUUCUUUUUUUUUGCUUCCAGUGAUAAAUAUAAUUUUGUCCCUUUAGGCUCACCGUAGUUAUUUAUGGCGACUGUUGUGGAGACUGUUGCCGUAAAGAGUUCAUUUUCUUGUGUGAACUAACAAAAUCACAUAAUUACGUAAUUUACAAAGUCAUUAAUUAGCAGGUGGAGCUUAUGGAAAGUCGUUAUUUGCGGGUAAGGGCAGUUGUCAUUUAAUUCCUGAAUGGGUUUACUGAAUACAAGCCAGCUUCCAAUAAGAGCUGCCAAAUGGUGCCUGAGUUCACUGUCUACACAAAAAUCAUGGCUUUCCGCCAGAUCCACCUGCCUGGGAGACAAGAACAUCCUGCUCAUGGGUCCUCCGGGAGCAGGAAAAACUACGGUGGGGAAGAUAGUGGCCCACAAACUAGGACUCCCUGUCAUAGAUGUUGAUGAUGACGUCUUGGAGACGGCAUGGAAGAUGCCUGUUGCCGCUAAGUUGGCAGCAGUUGGCGGAAGGUGUUUCUUGGAGGAAGAAGGUCGAGCUUUGUGUAACUUCUCGGCCUCUGGGUGUGUUGUUUCCCUGACGGGCUCUAAUCCUCUUCAUGCUGAAGCAAUGCAGCAUGUCAAACAGAGCGGGCUGGUCUUCUACCUGGAUGUGGACAGUGAGGACAUCUUACAGAGACUCACCAGCAUGAAGGUGAACAGGAUAGUGGGCCAGGAGGAAGGGGUAUCCAUGAGGGACAUUUUGCUUUACAGGAAACAGUUUUAUGAGAAAUGGCUGGAUGUGAGGGUGCUGUGUGGAACAGGAGACACAGUGGAGGAGGUAGCAGAGAAGGUGCUGAAAGCUGUGGAGAGAUACCAGAAAAGUGAUGAAGAAACAUUCAUUUCAACCCGAUGUGAUAGCGCAGGAUUGUCCAAGCAGAAAAUAUACUUUAGUGAUGUGGUUGUGGAGGGUCUGGCUCCAGAUGGAGGGCUUUAUGUUCCCAAAAAUGGCUUCCCAAAGAUAGGCACACGCGAAUGGCAGAGGUUAGUUGAGAUGUCAUACCCAGAGCGAGCGUUAGUUUUACUUGAAAAGUGCAUCCACCCUCUGGACAUCUCUGCUUUGGAUCUCAGAACAAUGAUAUUCAAGGCAUAUGGGUCAAACUUUGCCAGCAAGGCUGUCGCACCUGUAAAACACCUCGCCCACAAUCAGUACAUUCAGGAGCUUUUUCACGGCCCCACCGCCUCCUUCAAGGACCUCGCUUUGCAGCUGAUGCCUCAGCUCUUUGCCUACUGCCUCCCACCCAUGUGCAACUUCCUCAUCCUGGUAGCCACAUCUGGAGACACUGGCAGUGCAGUGCUCAGUGGCUUCAGCAGGCUGAGCGGCACUGACAGACACCGCACCGGCGUCCUGGUGUUCUUCCCGGAGGGAGGAGUGAGUGAGAUGCAGAAGCUCCAGAUGAUGAGCUACAGGGAGGGCAAUGCCAGGGCUGUCAGCGUCCUGUCAGACUUUGACUUCUGCCAGAGAAAUAUCAAGAGGAUGUUUGGGGAGGCGGGGCUGACAGGGCAUCUCGCUGUAGAGUACGGCACAGUCCUCAGCACCGGCAACUCCAUCAACUGGGCACGGCUGUUGCCACAGGUGGUCUAUCAUUCAUCAGCCUAUCUGGAUCUGUGCAGGGAUGGUGUCAUCAAAUUCGGCGAUCCCAUUGAUGUUUGCAUCCCUACUGGCAACUUUGGCAAUGCCAUGUCAGCUGUGUACGCCAAACAAAUGGGCAUCCCGAUAAGAAAAAUUAUCUGUGCAUCCAACCACAACCGUGUCAUCGCUGACUUUAUCAAGACAGGCCAGUACGAUCUUCGGGGACGGUCUCUGAUGCUCUCCCACUCCCCCGCUAUAGAUAUCCUGAAGUCCUCCAACCUCGAGAGAUUUAUCUACCACGUCUCCAACGGAAACAGCCAUCUUGUCAAGGACCUGUUCACACGCUUAGACAGACAGCAGCACUUUCAGGUUCCCGAGCCUCUUCUUGGCACGAUUCAGCAGGAAGUGCUGUCUGGCUGGUGCUCUGAGGAUGACUGCUUGGCCGCCAUCCAGAGAGUUCACACACAGACAGGCUACGUCAUGGACACACACACGGCUGUGGCUAAAUUCGUCGCUGAUAGGCUGCAGGAUGGCUCGUGUCCCGUAGUGUUUUGUUCCACGGCUCACUAUGGGAAAUUUGCUCCCGCUGUGUUCAAAGCUUUGCAAAUCCCAAAUAUUCCAGAGGAUCCCACUGAGCAGCUCAAGAAGCUGGAACUUAUUGCAUCCAGACCAGAAAUGCACAGAGAGAUGAUAAAAUGCCUGAAAGAAAGUGCCAAGAGGAAACACAGCAUUUGUGAAGCAGAGUACAGUGUGCUGGUAGACCAGGUGGAGAGCAUGAUACAGGACUCCUUCUUAAAAGUUAUGUAAAAUGAUCCCAGCUUUUGUUGAUGUCCAGCUUCAAGUAAUUAGCCAGAAAUUACAAAAGUACUCUUUUUCUUUGUCCUCUUUGUUUCAUCCACUUGAACACAUUACCAGGGCUGCACAUAAGUGGUCUGCAGAUGUGCAUUCGC